GUUAUUUGAGGAAUGUUUCCAAAGGAGAUGGUAUCGAACUGCCGCUUGCUAUAUACUAGUAAUUGCUAAGCUUGAAGGUCCAGCUGUAAGUCAGUAUUGUGCAUUGCGUUUGUUGCAGGCAUUUCAAAUUUUAUGAAGAUCUCAAUGAGCUUUAGUUCAAUUUAUUUCCAAAUGGAAAAUCAAAUGAACACAUGCUUGGUAAAGUCAAAAUUUCAGUAACAUCAACAAGUUUGGACUUAUUCCUUGACCUCACAUGGUGUUCUCCACUUGCCCAGGCAACAUUGGAUGAGUCUUUAUACGAACUGGCAGGGGAACUGGUGAGGUUUCUUCUCAGAUCUGGACGGGAAUAUGAACCCACAACCACUGAUUCUGAGAAGCUAUCUCCUAGAUUCUUUGGAUAUUUUCUGUUUCCUUCUAGUCACCGGAGGCAAACUUUGGAGUCCAAAGGUUCAUUUAAGGAGCAGAGUGCACAUGUUGCUUCUGUUAAGAAUAUUUUAGAAUGUCAUGCAAGCUAUUUGAUGUCUGGAAAAGAACUGUCAAAGCUCGUUGCAUUUGUGAAGGGCACACAGUUUGAUCUUGUGGAAUAUUUGCAGCGAGAAAGAUAUGGAAGUGCUCGUUUGGACAAUUUUGCUUCAGGCUUUGAACUUAUUGGGCAGAAGCUUCAGAUGGAAACAUUGGAAAGUCGUUUAGAUGCAGAGUUCCUUUUGUCUCAUAUGUGCUCUGUGAAGUUCAAAGAGUGGAUUGUAGUAUUGGCCACACUUUUGAGGCGGUCUGAGGUUUGGCUAACUUCUUUUAACUGGAUAUAGGAUAUUAUAGAUAUGU